AUGUCUUCUCUAUGGAAUGCGUUUACCGGAGGCAACAAGCCCGCCCACCAGCCGCAGCAGCAGCAGCAAACCCAGACCUUCCCCGAUGCUGCCCCUCCUACCACCAACCUCUAUGACCCGACCCAGGGUGCAGGCGUCGAGUCUUUUCUUCAGAGCUCGGCCUUUGCGGAUCCUUCACAAUUGCAUCCCUUGGCUGGACUGAACAGGGACACUCUGGAAUACCUCACACUUGAAGACUCAACGCUGUCCGACCUGCCGGGCGGCCAAUCCGUCCUGCCGUCUCGAGGAUUCACCGACGACCUCUGCUACGGCACCGGUAUCACAUACCUGACGGCGCUGUCCAUAGGAGGCGCAUGGGGAUUCCAGGAGGGCCUGCGGAAAUCAUCCGGUCAGCCCCCCAAGCUGCGGCUCAAUGCCGUCCUCAACGCCAUGACGAGGCGGGGCCCAUUCUUGGGCAACAAUGCGGGAGUUGUCGCCAUCACAUACAACUGCAUCAACUCGCUGAUUGGCUACCUGCGUGGUGAGCAUGACGCCUUCAACACAAUUGCUGCUGGUGCGCUCAGUGGCAUGGUCUUCAAGAGCACCAAGGGUGUUCGGCCAAUGAUGAUUUCCGGCGGUCUGGUGGCCUCCGCAGCCGGCGCCUGGGCGAUUGUACGACGAUCAUUCUUCUCCGUCCCAGAGGUCCAUGCCCAUACCGAGCACGCCACCUUGUAA